CAGCAAAUAGUCGUUGCCGAUUUCAUCUGAUGGCUUCUUCAUUGAACCCCAAAAAGAUUUAUGAUGUCUUCUUGAGUUUCAGAGGUGCAGACUUGCGUAACAACUUCAUUGGCCAUCUUUACCAAGCUUUACACCAUAAUGGAGUAUACACUUUCCGGAAUAGUGAGGAAUUGAAAAAGGGAGAUCAAAUAUCGCCGGUACUUAUGAAGGCUAUUGAAGAAUCGUGCAUUGCCAUCAUCAUUUUCUCUGAGGACUAUGCUUCCUCAAGGUGGUGCUUGGAAGAGUUGGCGAAGAUUAUAGAGUGCAAGGAGCAAAAGAACCUCAUUGUUCUACCGGUGUUUUAUAAAGUGGACCCAAGAGAAGUGAGAGAGGGCAGAAAGAGUUAUCAAAUAUCUCUGGCUAAGCACGAGUUUAAGUUUGGGAAGGAUUCUAAGAAAGUGAAGAGAUGGAAGAAAGCUCUUUCCGAUGCUGGGAAUUUGUCCGAGUGGCACUUGAAUGAUGGGGACGAGUCAGAGCUUAUACAAGAAAUUGUGAACAAGAUCUCCAUUUACCUAGACCGUCCAUUACAUGUUGCUAAGCAUCCAAUUGGCAUAUAUAUCCGAGUUACUGAGUUGAAAUUGAUGUUAAAACUUGAGUCUAACGAUGGCGUUCUCAUGGUGGGAUUAUGGGGACAUGGAGGUAUAGGGAAGACAUGUUUAGCAAAAGCUCUUUACAAUGCUCUGUUCAUAAAAUUUGAGGGUGCAUGUUUUCUAGCAAAUGUUAGAGAAACUUCAAAAGAUAGCAGGGGUUUGGUUACUUUACAAGAAAUGAUACUAAAUGAUAUAUUAUUACCACAACAAAGAUUAAAAGUGUCCAAUGUGGAUGAAGGUAAUAAUCUAAUACAACGUAGACUUGGUCGCAAAAAGUUCUCCUCAUCAUUGAUGAUGUGGAUGCAUUGUGCCAGUUGGAUGCUUUAG